AUGGCUCUGACAUCGUCCUAUUCGGCCAAUAUGUUCAUGCCUGACUUCGGCGUCAAGCCCGACGAUAUUCGCUACUUCAGUAUCGAUUCGCGGAUUCAGGGCCGUGGCCCGAACCGUCUCAAGUACCUGGACCUCGAAGGCCGUUGGGUUCUGAGCGGCCGCAGUAUUCCUUACAUUUCGGCUGCGUUCCAGCAUCUGGAGCACUUGAACAAUGCUCAAGUUCCACUCAGAGUCAGUUCUUUUUUUUUACGAUAAAUGGUGUCUGAUUCCCUUCUGACUAUUUGAAGAGUACGUUAAGGUAAACAGUGUGCGUAAAAAUAGAGGUUUACAGUCCUAAGUCAGCAUUGUAUGGACUAAAAACAUGUAAGAACUUUGGUUAUGUGUAGGGACGCUCCUUUUUGGAAUGUUCUCAAUCAGAACAUUUUCGAACCUUAUAAAGAUUGAAAUCGCUUGUGAGCCAGCUUCUCUCAAAUUUUAAAAUUUGGAGGCUCGUUUCCCUAAUGCAACAAACCAGCUUUUGAGCCCUUCCAAAGUCUCAGAAAUUGGAAAGAUCCUUAAUUUUGUUCGUUUUUUCUACUCAAAUUGUCCACUGAGCACACACCUCCAAAAUCUUUAGGCCGCAAUAUUCUGAGCCCUUUCUAUUUUCCUACAAACUCCUCGAUACCAAAAAGGUAAAUUCUUCUGCAGGACAUCACCCAAGAGCCAAUCAACGCCAUCGGAAUGGUCGGCUGGACAAAAUCCUCAACAGAUGCCGUGCCGACCGAGAGAAAGCCAAAGUUCAUUCCAUCACCGACGACGCCAGUCUACAUCGAAGAAGAGGAGGUGCCGCCAAGCCCGCGAGAGCCGAUGCCUCACCGAUCGGCUGGAUACGGUAAGAUCUUCCUCCCAUUGAAAUCAACUACUUUCCAAGGGGUUCUUCCUUCUAUCUAGACCCCGAAAAAUCGCUUUUUUCCAGGACCUGCGCACCAGAAGAGGAAACUGUCGGUGCCGGACAGGUCGAGAAGUGCCUCGCCACUUCGUGCCGAAUCACCACAGCCCGUCUUCGACAAAUACGCCAAAUAUGAGCGACACCGCAAAGGUCAGGAGCCAUUUUCAGCUGAGUCAGCCAUUCAACUCAUCGACUGGCAGGGCCAGCUUUGGGCUCUUGUCGAAGAGAAAGUCACUGUCAUACGUAUCAUAGAAGAUAGUUACUAUUUGGAACAGUUAUGAGGAUAAAACUUUUUGAAAACCCUGAGUUUUUUUUUUCUACAUGAAAAGGUACUAUCUCAGGACAUCUCGCAGACAAAAACCAAUAAAAACUUUUUUUUUAAAGACCUUUCACUAUCAUAAAACCGAAAAUGAGAUCUUCCUACUCGCUAGUUCAACACAUGAAAAAUCACCCUUUGUUUUCCAAGCUUCUCCAAAGAAAACAAGCUGAGCAAGCUACAGAUUCCAUAACGCGAUAUGGAACCAAGUGGGGACCUGCCACCGGUGACCUCGGCUACUCGUCGAGCGGAAACUCGCCGGUGAGCAACGACGGCGGCGAAACGUUGCCCCAUCGCACUCCAUCGUUGUCGCCUCGUCCGGCCUCCCGAACUCGUUACUACGACAAUGACUACGAUUCAACGCUCAUUCAUAAAGGUGAUUGGAGAGAUUCUAGCUCUUUUUUUCAGAGAAGACAUGCUCAAUUUCAUAGAAAUCUGCAAGACAGCCGUAAAAAUCUUUAAAAAUCAGUCGUUUUCGCAGUAGAGCACACAAGCCAUUUGGCUAUUUUUGAGCGUUGUUCCUUCUUCUCAGAUAACGUGAACCGUUUCUGCGCAAUUCUAGGGAUCACUUAAGAGUGCUAAAGCGGUCACUAGAAACUUCCGGAUCACGUCUGUUUCGCGUUACGAAUGUCCGAGUUGAAUCUAAUUUCGCACUAAAGCACACUUUCUCAAAUAGUGAUACUUUCAAGAACAGACACCCUUUCCUCACUCUAAAAACGCCGAACUUUCAGCUGACUCGAACCGAAACCUCAAAGUAUUGACGAAGGACACCAAUGGGGACGUUCCGCCCUACCGUACCACCGGCUACGGUGCCUACCACGUCAAGCGACAGUACGAACUGAGCCCGCGAUCGUUGGGCAGCGACUACGCGACAAGCGAGUCGGAGCAGUCGUCGCCAGUUCCCUACCGCAAACAAACUACCGAAACCUAUGUUCGUCGUCACCUCCGCACCAACAGCUAG